ACAUCGUAGCCCAUUGAAUAAUGAUCAUAUGUGCAUUCUUAUUCUCGUGCCAUGUCUGAGUUUGUUUGCAUCUCCAUAUCGCCAAGCCUACCUUAUUGUGCUCAAAAGUUCAAACAGAACCAGAACCACACGUCCAUCCCAGCACAUUACUCGCAAAAAAUCCCUACACACACCCGCGUCAACAUUAGCAUCCGUCAGCGCUCCUCACAGAACUCGUCAACGUACGAGAAUGGCUUCAUGAAACCGCCCGCAGCAGCUAAUGAGGCCGGAUUUGAGAAAAGCCUAGCUCACGCGCUCUAUUCAUUUGUUCGUGCUGGUAGAUUGGACGAGGCAGUCAAAUCAUGCAGAAAAGCAGCAUCAGCCAUGGAGGGCUGCUACUGUCUCAAUAGCGAACUAUUGCAAAUGAGCAACGAGAUGACGACGGCAUCGAUGGCGCUGGGAUGCCGAACGAUGGCAGGGAAACCCACAUCGAAAAUUGUGGAAAUCAACAUGCGCGAGAGCAGCCCUGAAUCUGAGGAAGAAGAGUGGGAGAGGGAAGGAACAUCUACGUUGGAAACACUAGGUAUCGUUCACGUGAAGGACAGGCCACGCAUUACAUGUCUCUCAGCUGGCGAUCAUCGAUCAUCCUCGAUCGGACAAACGAUCGACAUUCCAGUCCCGCCGCUCGCGACCCAAGCUGCAGGCCAACGAGAGUUGAUUGCAAUGUAUGCUGUCCCGCUAGGAGACAACGCAGUCGAGCGAUAUGCGAUGUUCUUGACUUCGCUCGAACUUACAGCGGACGUCAACGAUCGUCGAUUAGCAGUGACUCACGUUCACAAGAAGGCGGUCGUCGCUGCCAAACGAACAAUUGAUAGAGCAUUUGAGGCCACUCCAUCAGAUAUCGAGCUCCUGCUACUUCGUUCCAAAGAGUGGACAGCGUUCGAGGAUGGAACGCAUGAUACUGCGCUGGAACAGGUGACCGUCAUUUUGCGGUACUACCUAGGUGCCGGGAGGGUUUUGCUUGCAAAGAACCUUGUGGAGAUGCUUCCGCGUGAACUCCCCUCCAUCGACCAGCCUGAGGAACGAGCCACAGAAUACCUUAACUUCAGGCAGUUCUUUACGAUCCAGGACAGUCUUGACCGUGUCAUGGAGUGCCAGAACCUAGAGGUGUCGAUAAUGAACCGGAACACCAGUGCUGCUUGUCGUGAAACUGCUCAGAUGAUGCCAGACGAGACAGGAGGCCGUCACUCCCGCGAGUUAACUCGCAUUCGGCAGAUAUACCUCCCCGAGCUUAAUACUGCGGCUGCAUGUCAUACUCUACGCCUCUCGAGAGCAUAUCCCAGAAAUCUGAAGCGCGCAUUGGAGCUUGCCAACACUGUUGCGGAUUCGAGGUACAGGCUGUAUAAUGAUUUCUUGCAUAUUGUUGGCUGGAGGCUUGAGGAGGCCUUAACGCAGUGCGCCGGGCGACAAUAG